GGUUUAGUAAAGAAGAAGCAUUUGCUACAUUUACAAAAGUGAAUCAUUGAAGAAACAAAUAAAUCUGAAUUUAUAAUAUCACAAGUUGUUGGAGUGAUAGUAUCAAGCGUAGCAAAUAAGUUGCACAUUUUUACUAGUACAUUGUAAUUCCAAGUUAAUAAAUAUCAUAAAUCAGGGGUGGCCCACUCUUAAAAAACCGGCUGACCACUCCCUAUAGAUAAAGAAUACGAAACAAGUUCGAUUGUAACCUUAUCUUGUUUUUUAUUUGUGAACACUUGCAACUAUUCACUUAAAUUGAUAAAGACAAUCUUUGUUUUCAAAAGAAAAUUACCAGGAAAAUGUGGAAAGCAACAGCUGGUCUGCAACUCCAAAAUACUCAACCAGACGCUGAUGAUGAUUGGGAGACCGAUCCAGAUUUUGUGAACGAUGUUAGUGAACAGGAGCAACGAUGGGGAUCGAAAACGGUCGAGCGGAGCGGGCGUACGGCCGGCGCUAUCGACAUGGAAAAAUUGCGUUCGGAAACAGAAAAAGCAGAUCAAGAUAAAAAGAAGAAAGAGUUAGAAGAACAAAAUCCCGGUUAUGGCUAUGGUGGAAAGUUUGGUGUGCAAAGCGAUCGCAUGGAUAAAUCGGCAGUCGGACAUGAUUACCGAGCUACCGUUGAGAAACAUGCUUCGCAAAAGGAUUACAGCGAAGGUUUUGGUGGAAAAUUUGGUGUGCAGAAAGACCGUGUUGACAAGUCCGCAGCAGGUUGGGAUCAUAUAGAAAAAGUGGAAAAGCAUGCCUCUCAGAAAGACUACGCGACUGGAUUCGGAGGCAAAUUUGGCGUUCAGUCGGAUAGGGUAGAUAAAUCGGCCGUGGGAUGGGACCACGUUGAGAAGGUUGAGAAACACGAGUCACAAAAGGAUUACUCAAAAGGAUUUGGUGGUAAAUUUGGUAUACAAGAAGAUCGCAAAGACAAAUCUGCUAUGGGUUGGGAUCAUAAAGAAGCGCCACAAAAGCAUGAGAGUCAAAUUGAUCACAAAGUGGGAUUUGGUGGAAAAUUUGGUAUACAAAAAGAUCGCAUGGAUAAAUCAGCUGCCGGUUUCGGAGAUAACGAAAAGCAACAGGUUGGUACUACAUAUACUAAAGUAAAACCUAACAUUGAGGGCGCAAAACCAUCCAACUUACGUGCGAAAUUUGAAAACCUUGCCAAAAACUCGGAAGAAGAAAAUCGUAAAAGGGCUGAAGAGCAGAAACGCUUACGUGAGGAAAAAGAUCGUCGCGAUCGUGACGAAGCAGCCAAAAAGACAGUUAUUGAAAAUACGCCACUGCCAGCGGCUGAAGAAGCACGAGCUCCACCACCAAAGGGCAGUCGUUCCUCGAUUUCCACGGGACGCGAAGGUGGUAUUAGCAAUGCUAUAAGUGCAUUCAAUCAAAUGCAAUCGCCGACCGCAGAGAACCCUCCAACAGUACGUAAGGAGCCCAUAAUCAUACCUAAAGCCCAACCGGUUGAAGUAGUAAGUCAAAUAGAGGAGAAACAACAAAGUCAGCCGAUUGUGGAGGAAGUAAAGAAGAAUGUCACAAUAACUGCACCACCACCUGAUGUUAUACCAUCCAUUGAAAUAGAGACUGCAAUUACACCACCACAGUUAUCUUCACCAGAAUGCCCGACGCAAGAACCGGUUUACGAGAAUAAAGAAAGCAUUGAACAAAAACAACAACAACAUAAGCAGCAGCCAAUGCAACAAAAUCCACAACAACAAACGCAAGCAGAAGCAAAAAAAGUAGAUGAAGUUGCUGCACUUGAUAAUGCAGUGCCCACUUCUGCCGCUCUGGCCGCUGCUGGCACCGAAGAAGCAAUUUAUUCUAAUUCCGACAAUUUAGCUGACUACAUCGAAGAUACGGGUAUUCAUGCGAUUGCGCUAUAUGAUUAUGAAGCUGCUGACGACGAUGAAAUAUCAUUCGACCCCGACGAUACGAUUACCCACAUCGAAAUGAUUGAUGAAGGCUGGUGGCGUGGUUUGUGCAAAAACCGCUAUGGUCUUUUCCCGGCAAAUUAUGUGCAAUUGGUAAAUCAAAAAGCAUGAAUAUGUUCAUACAUGUUCAUUCUUAUACAAUUUUUUACUAUAAAAGCAUCAGAAAAGUCUGACAAGACACAUUUAUGCAAAGUUGGUUUUGCAUUAGGUUAAGCUUUGUUAAAAAUAAUUAAUUGAAUGCUUCCUUAAAGGCUAAACAGGUGUAGAGACACAGUAGAUAUGUUAAUAAUAGACAUGAUUAUUAAAAAGUAAUAAUAAUUUUUCAUAAAUCAUCCCUAACCAGUAUUUACCUCAAACGCAUUAAAGCAACGAAUUGUUUUAAAGGAAUACAUACAUGAUUUAUUGCAAGCUCAAUUUCAUAUAAUUCAUGUUUUUAAAUUUGACUUAACUUUAAAUCUUUUAUGCAUGUUUUUUGAAAAAAAAAUUAUGUAAACAAAUCAAAAUUUUUAACUAACGACUAAUACAUAAUGGUAUUUCAAAUAAAAGAAAAUUUAGAAUAAAUUUAAGGAAAAUGUGGAUAAACAACAAUGCCAGUAGCAUUAAUAGAAAAGAGCACAGUUUCUGGACAUAAAAUAGAUUGAUUCAUAAUUUAAAGAUUGUUAUACAUUAAUAAAAUGCAUUUUUAUGGACUAUGCAUUUGACAUUCUUGAUAUGUAUGUGUAUGUUUCUGGUUGAAGACUUAAAUGUUACAAGUAGUGUAUUUGUAUAAAAAAUAUAUAAUAAAAUUAUAACAAACUCAA